GGAUGCUCCCGACUUGUUUCUGCCCAGUCUGGGGUGACUCUCAGCGUGAUCCUGUACCACAGGGAGUUGUUUGCCCGUUGCCACCCCUAAUCUCCCAGUCCUCGCAUCCUAUGCUGCCCGGUCCCCGGAGACGCUGUCGAUCUACAACCCAGCCAAGCUGUGGGACCACGUCCCCACCCUCCACCAGUGGCUGGGAAAAGUGACUCUAACUGGUAUUCUCAGCGCCCGGAGCCGGGGCGGAGCGGGCGGCGGCUCCCACGAUCCCAAGGCCGCGCACCUGCCUCCCGCCCCUCCCCCGCCCCCACCUGAGGGCUCGGGAACAAAGGUGCUUUGUACAGGCCGCAACCACUUCAUCACUUCGUCCUCGGGAUGGGGCCGCGUGGGCCCCCUGCCCAGAACGAGGGUGUGGGACGGAAAGGGACAAGCGCCAACCCCAAAGUGGGCAUCUAGCACACCCCCUAAGGUUCUGUGGGGACAGGUGUGUCCCAGAGAAGGCUCUUUGUCCCUUCUCGUGUCAGUGGUCCUAGAUGUGCUGAGAAAAGGGGGUGGCUGAACAUGAAGGUGGCUGGACAGACUUGGUGGAUCCCUGCUCGUGCCUCACUUUCCCCAACUGGGUGAAGGAUGUAUGCUCGCUCGUUUAAAAUCUCCCAAACUUCCUUCCUUCCUUCCUUCCUUCCUUCCUUCCUUCCUUCCUUCUCUCUUUAGACCGGGUCUUGCUAAACUGCCUAGGCUGCCUCAAAUCCCAGGGCUCCAGCGAGCCUCCUCUGCAGGAGCUAGGACUACAGGUGCCGGCCACCGCGCCCAGUCUCCCAAGUUUCUAAUAAGGCUUUCUAACUCAUACUAACGAGACAAGAAAGACAAGACUUCCCCUUAAACAUUCUUAGUGGAGUUUUUAAGUGCCACCUCCUUCUCGCCCGGUGGCAGUGCGGCGCGGCCUCAGUAGAACCUUUGGCUAACCUGGCGCGCGACACGGUGCACAAAGGGUUAACCAAAGUUGGCUCCGAGCGCAGAGGCGGAGACAGGUUUUCAUUGGUGGAAAGUUACCCGGGGGCGUGGCCCGGGAGUCUCCGCACCACCCCCCCUUUCCACAACCCCCCCUCUCCACUUUGUACCUUUCUCGCUCAGACUGCGAAGCGGGCCGGGACCCGCCGGACCCGACCAGACCGGACCCUGGGGGCGAUGCGGCUGCUGCCCCUGCUGCGGACUGUCCUCUGGGCCGCGCUCCUCGGCUCCCCUCUGCGGGGGGCCUCCAGCCUCCGCCACCCCAUCUACUGGAACUCCAGUAACCCCAGGCUGCUUCGAGGAGACGCUGUGGUGGAGCUGGGUCUCAACGAUUACCUAGACAUCUUCUGCCCACACUAUGAAAGCCCAGGGCCCCCGGAGGGCCCCGAGACCUUUGCUUUGUACAUGGUGGACUGGCCUGGCUAUAAGGCCUGCCGCGCAGAGGGGACGAACGCCUUCCAGCGCUGGAAGUGCUCACUGCCCUUUGCUCCCUUUGGCCCUGUUCGGUUCUCAGAGAAGAUUCAGCGCUUCACACCCUUCUCCUUGGGCUUCGAGUUCCAGCCUGGAGAGACUUACUACUACAUCUCCGUGCCAACUCCCGAAAGUCCUGGCCAGUGCUUGAGGCUCCAGGUGUCUGUGUGCUGCAAGGAGGGCAAGUCGGAGUCAGCCCAUCCCGUUGGCAGCCCUGGAGAGAGUGGCACAUCAGGGUGGCGAGGGGGACAUGCUCCCAGCCCCCUCUGUCUCUUGCUGCUGUUGCUGCUCCCCAUCCUCCGUCUCCUUCGAGUUCUGUGAGCCCCGUGGAGCCAGAGCCCUCCCAAGGCCCACGGGGGCGGGUCCCUGCCACCUGCACUGGGGAUGCCAAGCCAGACAGACACAAUGGAGCAUUGAUGGAGAAAGUCAGAGGGUCUGAGGUGACCCCUGUGGCAUGGGUG